AUGGUCCUCGAAUUCUUUCGAGUGAGAAUUUUGAUCUCGUUUGCAGUUAUGGAAGGAACAUCGGAUUCGAAAGCUGCUCCUGAGGCUCCCAACAUAUACCUACCAGAUAUGUCAGAGCCACAAGCUCAGAACCUUGUCUCGAAGGCCCCCAUACAGAAUCAUGAUCCUGAGGCUGUCCAUACAGUGGACGCAGAAGCUCUCAUCAUCGAUUGGGACGGGCAAUGCGACCCUGAGCACCCCUUGAAUUGGUCAGAUGGAAAGAAGGGGCUGAACAUCGCCACACUGUCUCUUCUCAGCGUAGUUACACCUCUGGGCUCCUCAAUGUUCGCGCCUGGCAUUCCCCUUAUCGUGAAAGAAUUUCACGAUGACAGCUCCGUUACUGCAACCUUUCUGCUCUCGAUCUACGUCCUCGGAUUCGCCCUUGGACCUCUGCUUGUAGCCCCGAUCAGCGAACUAUACGGCCGCAGAUACCUCUACAUCUUUGGGAAUAUCCUCUUCACAGGAUUCACAAUCGGGACAGCGCUGAGCAGUAGCAUCGGAAUGUUGCUUGCUUUUCGCCUCUUGAUGGGUCUAUCUGGCGUUAUUCCCCUCACUAUUGGGAGCGGAAGCAUCGCAGAUAUGAUGCCGCCCGAGAAGCGAGGUAGAGCCGUUUCAAUCUGGGCGCUGGGUCCCUUGUUGGGCCCAUGUGUUGGGCCGGUCGCCGGCGGUUAUCUCAUUCGCGCCGCUGGAUGGACGUGGGUGUUUUGGCUUAUCAGUAUUCUAGCAGGAAUAUUCAUACCAGUCUCAAUUCUUGUAUUACGGGAAACGUACCCCCUUGCUAUUCUAGAGCACAAAGCCAGCCGUCUUCGGAAGAAGACUGGAAACCAAGAGAUACGAAGCAGACUCGAACAACAGACCCCCACUCCUGUGGUCACUCUCAACGCCCUCUACAUCGCUAUUUCUUACGGCAUCCUGUACCUCCUGGUAGCAACUUUCACUUUUGUCUACACAGAAUACUAUGGAUUUGACGAGGGUUCGAGCGGUCUCUCUUUCCUUCCCGCCGGCAUUGGCAUGGUCGUUGGCGUGAUCGGUUUUGGGCAGUUGACCGACUUGAUUGUGAAGCGGACGAAAGCCAGAGGCUUAGAGCACAAGCCCGAAGACCGAUUGAAACCAAUCAUGACUGUUCCUUGUGCUUUGGCUUUACCAUUCGGCUUGUUUCUCUACGGGUGGACGGUACAGAAUGGGGUUCACUGGAUUGUUCCGAUGUUGGGCGUCAUGGUUAUGUGUAUUGGAUUGAUGGGUACAAUGACAUGUAUUCAAAACUAUCUCAUUGAUGCCUAUCCGCAAUAUGCCGCCUCAGUGACAGCGGCACUGACAAUUUUGAGGUCGCUCCUUGGUGCUCUAUUGCCCUUGUCUGGACUGGAAAUGUAUGACGCUUUGGGCCUGGGUUGGGGGAAUAGCUUGUUGGGGUUCAUUGCAUUGAGUCUUGUUCCAAUCCUGGUAUCAUUCUACGUCUUCGGGGAGCGCAUAUGGGGCAGAUUCAACUACAAUUUGUAA